AUGUCUUCUGAAGUACGAGCUGGAACUUCGAGAUCAGCCUCUAGUACUUCCAAAACUUGGAUAAAUGCAUACCUCGUUUUAUACAAUGUCGCCUCCUGGAUCGGUUGGGCCUACGUUCUUGGCUCAACUUUAUCGACGUUAGCGCAAAAUAAUGUGGAUUAUACAAUUGUGUAUGAUCGAAUUGGGUGGUCACUAGCAAUUGUGCAAACCGGCGCUAUUUUGGAG